AUGUUGAAAUACUCAAGUUCUUUUCGGAAUACCUAUACCCCCGUCAUAGGUAGGGUUUUCCUUAAUGAUAGUUUGUAUGGCUUUAAGUACCGGCCGAACAUUAGUACCUACCAAAUGCCAUACUUAUAUGUCAAAACACUCUUUCUGUGUGCUACGGGAGGUGGUCUUCGCCAUGAAGAAAUGCGUUACAUUCGCGGACUAGUGGAUGCGUUGCUCCCAAGCAAAGAUUCCCAUCAUGAGAUCAAACAGGAGCUCCUGCAGUAUGUGGAUUCGAUUCCGCUGAUGUCUGGAUCGCAACAGCAGUCUCGAUCGCCGCGAUCUGACCCAUCUCGAUUACAGCCUAAAGCGGAGGUGGAAGCUUCCAUGGACGCCAAUGCGUUUCUUGGAGCUCAGGAAAGUCUAUCCAAGGAGGGGGGUUCUGGAGGGGAUACCCAGUCCUCUUCUCUCCCACGUGCUGAGGAUCAUGAGGGAAGUGCGAGCUUUACAAAAAGGGCUACUUCUACCACCCGGGAGCCCAUACCCAUCCCGUUUAUGGAUGACAGCCAUGAUGCUUCCUUGUUUCCGUUUAACCCAGAGCUUGAGAUGAAAUUCAUUUCUCCCGAGGCCUUUCCACCGUCUCUCUCACGGGUUUUGCUCUAUGAUGCGGUAUGCGCAUGUGUUGCCGACGGGGUCUACAGUGCAAAGAAACGGGAUCGGGUCUUCCUGGUGGCAGCGCUGACCGGUCUUUCCCCUGCCGUUCGUGAACCGAUCGAACGGCUAGCACUGCAGGAAAAAGCACUUUCGAAUCGUAAACGAUUCCUUUUACACCUCCAUCAGAAUGAAGACGCUAGGACCACGAUGCCCUUCCGGAAGGGUCCCUCCGGGGAGGGGGUGGCAGAUAGACGACCUGAUCGGCAAGGUGGGGCUUUUGACGUCGAAAACAGUAGCAGCCAAAACAUGGAAACGGUUGCGACUGGAGUAAACAACUGUGGGGGGGAUGCUAGUUGUAGUGCUAGCGCUAGAAGCUCCAGGGAAACAUGGAGUAACCCGAAGACCAGCGCUGGGGAGGUUCGAACGCAAUCCUUUCAUGAGAGUUUCGUUCGUCCCUCGCCUUCAUCGACGCACUCCAUGGCUGCUGUUUCUUUUGGACAUCCUAGCUCCCCCAACGAUGAAGACCUGCUACGACAAGCCAAGGCUCUCCUCCGGAGGGUGCGUAGGGAUUGA